UUCUGCCUAAGUCGGCAUAAAUUGAACUAAAUCGUCACAGCAUUUUAGACGGUAUAUAUGAUAGUAUUUAAAAUGGUAUAUAUGUUAUGGGAUGCUAGUGUGUAUAUACUCUUUAAUUUUGACAUGUGAAUGCUGUUUUUUCAACCAUUAAACCGUCAAUGAAGUAUCACCAAAUGUAAGUUUAAAAAAAAAUAUUUUUACAGACCCAAAUGUCCUCUGUUAUCAUCUACCAAAAGCCAUCCCAUCCUUUUAUCAGUUUCGAUGAUAGGCCGAGCAGGGGUGAGUUCAUGCAAUUUAAUACUUUUGAUUGCAUUGCAUUGGCGUUACAAAUUAAAUCCAAUCCGGACAUUCUUGUCUAGUUCAUAAAUUGACGAGAUAAAAUUGUUGUCUUUUUAAUAUUUCACAAACCAAUAUUUUUAUUUUUUUACAUUUUUAUGGAAUUGCAUUGUAUAAGAUGAUAACGAGUUAUUUUGUGUACAAAGCUUAGCAGCGACGUACACAACACAAAUUUUUACGCAAAAUCCAUACAGAUGAUUUUUUUCAUUUGUUUGAAAGAAAGGGAAACAAAAAAAACCGUGAAAACUUUCAUUUCAAUUGCUUCUAUGUGACCGGACUGCCGUCAAGUCUAGUUUUUAAAGUGCAAACAGGCCCUUCCAUGGCCGGAUUGAAGAGAGAAAUACUAUCCGCUCCGGUUGGAUCUUUUUGCCUUUUCCUUGGUUCUAUGAUCUGUAUCCGUCUCUCCAGUGAAAUUAAGCUUAAUGGGUUUGUCCGCCAACCUCUCUUCGAAUCAUCUGGGGCUUUUCUUUCUGUUUAUAUGUUUACAACCUCAGUGACUGACCUACAAGUUCAAAAAGUUGAGCGCUUUCAGUGGGGGAGAUAAACUGAGACAUUAUUAAGCUCUACCCAGUAGACAAUAUGGAGAACCCACAUGAAACCCAAUUCUCAGACCUCAAUCUGAGACUCUCUCUGGGUGGCAUUUAUGGUGGGAACUUAAAGGAGAAAUCUUUUACAAGAUCAUUCACUGAGUUGAUGAGCCAUAACAGUCAUACCACUGAACUUGGUAAUUUUCUUUCCUUAGAGAGAUUUGGGUCAAUGCCAAGUGAAGGAGAGGGACAAAAGAGAAUGACAAUAGACCUGAACGGGUUACACAUUGAGGGACAGAGUAAGAGAGAUGAGGAGACAGAACUUGGUAAUUUUCUUUCCUUUGAGAGAUUUGGGUCAAUGCCAAGUGAAGGAGAGGGACAAAAGAGAAGGACAAUAGAGCUGAACGGGUUACACAUUGAGGGACAGAGUAAGAGAGGUAAUGUUGAGGAGAAAAAGUGUAUUAAGGCAAAUACGGCACCGCGUCUGCCCUCAUCAAGGUUUAAAAUAACAUGGUUGGCAAUAGCUUCUGCGGAAAAUAACCCUGCAUUUAAUCGUGCAUUGGCCAGAAUCAAGGAUGGGGAAGCAUGCACGUUUCAAAGAAGACAUCGGAUAAGAGCACAGAGAAAGAUAAAUACGUCAAUUGGAGAAGCCAACAAAGAAAUUAAUAACCUCUUCCCAGAUGCCAUUGAUAGUAUUUGUGACAAGAAAAGCAAAGAAACCCAGUUAUCCCAACAGGAGGAACCUGAAUGCUCUGACCUCAAUCUUGGACUCUCUUUUCGUAGCAUUUGUGACGAGAACUUCAAAGGAAAACCUGUUGCUCGCUCAUCAUCUGUGACUGGAAUUUUAACUCAGAGCAAAGAUAAUAGUGAACUUGGUACCUUGCUCUCUGUGGAUGGAUCUUGGUCCAUGCCAACUCAAGGCGAGCAAGAGCAAAGAAGGUCUAGAAAUUCGAGUGAGUCACAAAUUGAUUCCCAGAAUAGGUUGGGGAAAGAGGUAAGCGGAGGAGACAAUGUUGGGAAAGAAAAAGCUUCUCUGGCAACUAAUGAUCUUCCACCCGCAUCAUCGUCUAAAAUACCUACAUGGGCGGCUACUUUUGUGGAGAGAAAACCUUCAUUGCAUCGUUCCUUGGCUAGAAUCAAGGAGAAAGACGGAUGCAGCUCCCACAAAAGACUACGCUUGGCAACAGCAAUGGUGUUACCUGAAGCAGCUUCGGAAAAAGACGGCAAUGGACGUUGUACUGAUAGACUUCCAAAUCUUGAUCUCUGUUAUUACCCGCCUUUGGCUUGCGACCGGAUUUGUAUUAAUACGCAUCCAAACAAAAACUGCCAUGGACGUUGUUCUGCAGAUAUGAUGUGCAUCUGUACAUACGACUGUCCUUGAUUGCUUAUCAUCACAUAUAAGAUUCAAAUUAAUUAAUAGAACUCUUUAAUUUCUAUGUA